UGCAGGAAGAACGUCCGCGUGUGGGUGUACGCCAGGUACCGCAGGGGCCUGAGGCAUCUGGAGCAGGAGCCGGAGAAAACGUACGACUUUUACGGUGUCGUACUGCGUGGAGGAUGAGGAGUUCGUGGACAGGGGAGGUGGUGACGGUCCUGGAGGACAUGGACCCACCAUAUAAGGUCUGUCUACGGAAUCGCGACUUCAUCCCCGGGCAGAACAACAUCCAGCAGGCUACAGACUCCAUCACCAACAGCCGCAGAACUCUCCUGGUGCUCACCGAGCGGUUCCUACAGGACAGGUGGUGUCUGUGGGAGUUCCAGGUGGCUCAUCAACACGCCGUGACCGACCAGGCGUACCGCCUCAUCAUCAUCAUCAUGGACGACCUACAGCUGGAGGCGUGUGACGACAUCCCGGACUUAAAGCAGUAUCUGACGGCAAACAGGUACCUGCUGUGGGGAGAGCUGCUGUUUUGGGACAAGUUACAGCAGGCGGUACCACCUCCAGGCGCCAGAGGGGGGGAAGGGGGUGGGGAGGAGGGACGAGAACAUCACGAUGAUGACGACGUAUCAGACGAUGAAGAGCAUCUUGACAUUUUUGUACCACGCUAA